AUGUACGCUCAGCUUUGCAAAAGACUGAGCGAAGAAGCGCCAAAUUUUGAACAAGGCGACGGUAGCAUCAACACCUUCCGCAUCCUCCUGCUGAACAAGUGCAAAGUCGAGUUCGAGAAUCGGGCGGCCGCCGUAGCGCGCAACAGCAAUGGCAUCGCCGAGGGCGGCUCUUAUCUCGACAGAGAAGAGCUGGAGGAGCGGCGUCAAACGGCCAAACGCAAGAUGCUGGGCAACAUUAAGUUCAUCGGAGAGCUCGGCAAAUUGGAGAUACUAUCCGAGAGCAUAUUGCAUAGGUGCAUCAAAGAAUUGUUGGUGCGACGCGGCGACGACCCCUCCGAAGACCUGGAGUGCCUCUGCCAAAUCAUGCGCACGUGCGGUCGCAUCCUCGAUACGGAAAAAGGAAACAACCUCAUGGACCAGUACUUCAAUCGGAUGCGCACGCUGGCAGAAAAUAUGGAUCUGCAGCCCCGGAUAAGGUUCAUGCUGAAAGACAUAAUCGAUUUGAGAAACGACAAAUGGAUGCCGAGAAAGGCCACUGUGGUCGAGGGGCCGGUUCCGAUGGCCCAGAUAAGACCGGCCGAAAACGACAGGUCCGGGUUCAGGAGAGACAGGAACCAUCAGCACGGCGACAGAGACUCUGACCGCAACCAUACCGAUAUGUUGUUUAGGCACCCGAUGAGAACCAGAGGCGGUUUUGAUGAUAUGCUUUCGGGAUUGAAUUUGACAUCGCCGGCGCCGCUUAUACCGGUAGGACCUCCUUUUGGUGGACCUAACGGUUUUGGAGGACGUGAUGGCAGAGACGCCCCCUUUAGAAACGACAGAAGAACUAAUCAGGGCUUCAACAAUGGCAAUUAUGAGGGCAGCAGGCGUGGACAUUACAAACACAACCAGAACAAUUCAGGGUCCAAUUUCAAUAAUCAAUCAGGCAAAGAUCUACCGCCACGUUUCAAACGCAACAAUCUCAUCGUGGCGAAAGAGGAGCUGCAAGAAGUCGAGCUGCGUCCCAACUCGAUGCUGUUCCACAAGGCGUCGGUGCGCAAUCACAACGCUGCCAACGCGCAGCCGCAGCGGCCCGCGCAAGUCGAAGUGCCGUCGUUCGGGGGCGGCAAACAGCCGCCCAGCGCCGUCAAGGAACCGUUGCCAAUGAAACAGCUGGCCCAGGACAAGCCCAAGUCUAAGAAAGACAAGGGCCCCAGUAAAGAAGAAGUAUUCAAAAAAUACAACACAUUACUCGACGAAUAUUGGAAAGGAGAAGUAGAUCUAAAACAAGCAAUCAAUUCCUACAAAGAACACAAAGUACCAGAAAAAUUUGUCAAAGAAGUAAUCCUAUCAGGCCUCUCAUUGGCCUUGGACAAAUCGGACGUCGAGCAAGAAAAACUAAUCAAACUCGUCGGAAAUCUGAAAGAAGACGGCGCAGUCUCGGGCGGCGCAGUCCAAGAAGCCUUCAAAUCUUUGUGUCACGUUUUGGAGCAACGCGAAGCCGAAGCGGAAAAAGUCAUCACGGCUGCUUCCGGUUUAUUGGCGGCCGCGGUUUGCGAACAUUUAGCUCCGCUGUCGGAUAUCGCGAUGCUGACCGACAACGGAGCCCACUAUCCGUUGUUCUUAUUGGUCUUGCAAAGGGUCAAAACGAAGACUGGCAAGUCGGAAUUGAGCGAGAUGUUUAACAAAAGCAAAAUCAAUUUGAUGGCUCAGCUUCCUGAAAGUGACAAGACGAAAGAAAGGCUUUCUGAGAUUUUGGAGGAAAGGGAACUGACAUUUUUGUAUCCUUUGUUGCGUAUCCAGGCUGACAUGGCCAGGCAAUUGGCGGUGGAUCCUAAUCCUCAAACUUUUUACAAGUGGAUCAAGGAGAAUUUGGAAUCGGCCAACUUUAACGAUCCCGGAUUUAUUAACGCCCUGGUCACUGUUUUGAUUAAGUAUAUUACGCAAGAAGCCCAAUUAUCUGCCGGAGACGAAAAAGCAAUGAUUGAAAAAGAACACGCCCUAUUGAAACGUUACCAGCCGAUCCUGCACGCAUUCCUGAGAGACAAAUCGUCCCUUCAACUGGUCGCAGUGUACUCGUUGCAAAUGCACUUUUCCGGACAGAGUUUUCCGCGCGGUCAGCUCCUGAGGUGGUUCAUGGCCAUGUACGAGCUGGAGAUUGUCGACGAGGAGGCUUUUCUGAACUGGAAAGAGGACAUUUCCGACGCCUAUCCGGGCAAAGGACAAGCACUAUUUCAGGUCAACCAAUGGCUAACUUGGCUUCAAGAAGCCGAAUCCGAAGAAGAAGAAGGGGACGACUGA